AUGAGUACCCUCAUCAAUAUCUCACUAUUCCUCUUCCCAUUAGCUGCCUAUUGGUACGUGCAUAGGCUCAUUAGAGCUGGAUCUAAUACCAUAUCGUGUCUGCCUGGACCUAAUGGCGGACACUGGCUUUGGGGACAUGAACUGGAAGCCCAUCAAACCCCAUAUGAAGGGGCGUACACGAGAUGGAUGCAUCUGUACGGCCUAACCUACAAGAUUAAAGGGGCACUGUUUCACCCAGACAUUCUUGUCAUUGGUGACCAAGUUGCACUUCGUGAUAUACUUGGAAAGGACACUUAUUCAUACGUCAAAUCUCCGAUAAUCCGUGCCCUCAUUGAACGUGUCAUAGGAAGAGGUCUUGCCUGGGCAGAGGGUGAUGUACAUAAACGGCAGCGCCACGAACUUGCGCCUUUUUUUACAGCUAAAGCAAUUCGCAAUAUGUUUAAUACGGUUAGCACCUGCACCAACAUUGGCAUUGAGAAUCUUGAGUCGCACAUCAUCAACAAUGCUAGUGAUCCAAAACAGGGCCUGACGGUGGAUAUAAUGGAGUCGACAGAGUCAAUGACCCUAGAUAUUACUGGACGUUUUGUGCUCGACUACGAUUUCGAGUCUGGAAAAGGUCCUUUGGCAAAUUUCAUUAAGCAGACUUGGAAGAAGCAAUGUUCUGUUAACCUGCAUUGGACGGCUGUACUUGGGCAAGUGAUUAUUAGGGCACUACCUUUUAUUGCCCAUCUUCCGAUACCAGCUCUGAAAGCUCAGCUAGCUGUCAAAAAGGUACUUCGGGAUGUAUCACAGGCAGUCGUCAGCCAAAAUGUGAACGAAGGGCAGGACAAAGACCUGCUUACUGCCAUGGGUAAGUUAUGGCCUCUCAGUAUUCGAUUCAUCACGCCUCAGACUUCCGUUUAUGCUCUCAAAGUCCGAUUAUCCAACAAAGGUCAGAUCCAAGGUGGCCAAAACGAACUCUACGACCAGGUAUCCACUAUAGCGUUCACUAGUCAAGAUACCACUGCAGGUACUCUCACGUUUGGAUUACACCAGCUUGCCAUACAUCCCAGGUAUCAGAGUCGCCUUCGAGAUGAAAUUGUUCAACUGGGCCGAGAACCAACAUAUGAUGACCUGAUGUCAGGAAUGCCAUGGCUCGAUGCUAUCACGAUGGAGAUUUUUCGUCUCCGCCCUGUUGGUGCGCACAUGGAACGAGUGGCAGCUCAAGAUACUAUACUGCGAUUCGGGGACCCAGUUCAGACCUCCCAUGGAGCCAAAAUCUCGGAAAUUGCGAUCAAGGCAGGACAAACUAUCAUCAUACCUAUCACGGCUAUGAACCAUCUAAAGUCUGUAUGGGGCGAUGAUGCCGAAGAGCUAGACCCGGAAAGAUGGUUCAGUCCUGCAAGGCUUAAGCAUGUUGAUAGGAAGUUUGGGUGGAAUGGUAUGCUGACUUUCUCGGAUGGACCGCGUCACUGCAUUGGGUAUCGAAUGGCUGUCCUCAUAUUCAAAACGGCCCUGGCUGCAUAUAUCCGCAAGUUUGAGUUCCACGAUACCGGUGCAGUGAUACAUGCUCGCUAUGUGGGAACGCUACAGCCGUAUAUUGCUAAUGAAGAGGAGAAAGGAACGCAGAUGCCACUUCGAGUAACCUUGGUGAAUGAUUUGGGAGAUGACAAGGCGUAUUGA